UUCCAAGCAUGGCUCCUACUGUUUAUGGAUCGGCUCACUUCUCCAAGGAACACCUGACUUCAUCUCACAAGCUGAGAAAGCCAAUGGUGGAGAAACUGCGGCGAGACCGCAUCAACACCAGCAUCGAGCAGCUCAAGUCCCUGCUGGGCCCGGAGUUCCUCCGACAGCAACCCGACUCCAAGCAGGAAAAGGCAGACAUCCUGGAGAUGGCGGUGUGCUACCUGAGAAGCUGGCAGCAGCAGAAAUCCAGCAUGUCUUCCUCCGCCACUGACGGCUACGCUCACUGCGUGCACCAGGCUGUCGACUUCCUCUCACGUUGCAAGACGCAGACCCCGGCCCAAAGGUGCUUGCUCGGACACUUCCAGGACCUGCAGGCGUCCAGUCGAGCUCCUGGCAGCGUGUCCCCACCGGGAUCACCACUCCAAGGCAGCUCUGUUAAGGGAGCCAGCCCAACCGGUGUCACCCUGUGGAGACCCUGGUAGUCGCUGACUAGAACCACAACCACCAGACUCAAUGAAGUCGACUUCUUUUGCGUCACCGUGUGGCCGAAUGUAAUCCUUUGGGAUGUUCUAUGAUGUUCAUGCGGUCAUCAUGUGACCUUUGUAUGUUUGUUUUGCAAACCGUGUCCAUUUAUUGUCAUCACACCCAUAUUGGGUUUCAUUGCUAAUGUGUCUGAGACACGCUUUAAAGUAACCACCUUCUUUGAUACUGUGUAUCAUGUCAAUCAUCCAAACAUGCAUCCUAUGGAUUCUCCCAUGCUGUCAAUCAUAUAUUGAUUCCAACCAUUAUGUGUGGUAUUUUUCAAGUUGCAUUAUUUUGCAUACACCUGUGUUGAUCUAAUGGAUGUUUUGUCAUCUGUGCUUCUGCUUAAUAUCUUUUAUAAAGACAUUGUGUGCUUCCUGGAGAAGUUUGCUCUGAAAAUAAAUGAAAAACUUCACAUGAAGU